GACCUUCAUCAAAGAGAUGAUUGUAGGACUGGACCCAAAGAAAGUUGAUGAGUGGCCAUAUGAAGGCCGUCCAAAGGACAAGUCCUUCCUCUAUGAAAUUGUGGCCAACAAAACAAAUGGCGUUGAUGUGGACAAGUUUGACUACUUUGCCAGGGACUGCCACCACCUGGGCAUCCAGAACAACUUUGACCAUCUCCGCUACUUUAAGUUUGCCAGGGUGUGUGAGGUGAAGGGACAGAAGCACAUCUGCUCUAGGGACAAGGAGGUGUUCAAUCUGUAUGACAUGUUCCACACACGGUACAGUCUCCACAGAAGAGCCUACCAGCACAGUGUGAACAAGAUCGUGGAGUUCAUGAUUGCAGAGGCCUUUGCAAAAGCAGACAAGCACAUCAAGAUAAAAGGCUCAGGAGGGGAGAUGUUCACUCUCUCCGGAGCCAAAGAUGACAUGGAGGCCUACACCAAGCUGACAGAUGAUGUCUUUCACCAAAUACUCAACUCCUCUGAUCAGGGCUUGGCUGAGGCGAGGGAGAUUCUACACAAGAUCAUCACUCGAAACCACUACAAGUUACUGGCUGAAACAAAGUGUAAACCAAGCCAAGUCGAG